CAGACCGCCGCGCGCAAGGAACCAACCACCCCCACCGACCCUUUCCUCUCCGGGGGUGGUGGUGGCUGGCGGUCUGGCGGAGCCCCGCAACGACGCCGUGCACCGCGCGCAAAAGCCGAGCGCCGCGCCUCGGCUCGAUGCGAAUCCAGAGGAGCAGCACGAAAGCGACCCGGCCCGACCUCGAUCCUGCGAGGGCGUCAGCUUCUGAGCAGCCGGCAGGGCUCGGUAGUCAGUAGCCGCAAGUAGGGGCCGGUCAUCAUGACGCGGAAGCAGCCAGCGGCGGCGCGGCAGCGGCGGGGCGGGGCCGGGGGAGCGGCGGGCGCGGGGGCGACGAGGGCGUCGCUGAGGCGGGGGGCGUGGACGCCGGAGGAGGACGAGCUGCUGGCGCGGGCCGUGGCGCGGGAGGGGGAGGGCCAGUGGCGCACGCUGCCGCGGCGCGCGGGCCUGCUGCGCUGCGGCAAGAGCUGCCGGCUCCGCUGGAUGAACUACCUCAGGCCGGACAUCAAGCGCGGGCCCAUCGCCGCCGACGAGGAGGACCUCAUCGUCCGCCUCCACCGCCUGCUCGGCAACCGGUGGUCGCUGAUCGCCGGGCGGCUGCCGGGGCGCACGGACAACGAGAUCAAGAACUACUGGAACUCCCACCUCAGCAAGAAGCUCAUCAAGCGGGGCAUCGACCCGCGGACGCACAUGCCGCUGGCCGCAGCAGCUGCUGCCUCCCACUCCCACCGCGACUCCGCAGCAGCUGCUGCUCCUGACAAGACGCCGCCUCCGCCGGAGCAGCCGAGCUCAUCGUCCGGCGCCGGCGUUGGAGGCAACGACGGAGGAGGCAGCGACUUCCCCGCCAUGAUGGGCCUCGGCGCCGAGGUCUUCGAAGGAUUGAGCGAUCCGUUCUGCGCCCUGGACGCCGCAGGCCGUGGCGGCUUCGAUAUUGGCUGCCCCAUGGUCGACGACGGCACCUUCUCCUCGUUCCUGGACUCGUUGGUCAGCGAGAACCAAUUGGUCGAUUACUUCGGCGAUCACAAGGACGCUGGUGGUGGCAACGAUCAGGCUGGAGCUUAGCUGAUCCACGGUUCCCAGGAGGCCAGGAUACAGUAACUUAGCUUUUCAAAAAAGGACACAGUAACUUCAUCUGCAUUUUAAUCCCGAACUGUUCAAUGCAUUAGGCUAAUCAUGAAUUAGCAGCUAUGCAUAUAUACAAGUACUGCUUCUCUUUGUUGGUAGUGCCGUAG